GCGAUGUUAGUUUCUUUUUUGUACAGCUUGCGCUCGAAAAGUUGUGGUGGACAGAUUUUUAGGCGGUACACGUGGACCGGAGUUUGCCAGGGAACAGGUACUGAGCUCACAGUGGUUAGCGUUGUAGAUUUCGGGAAGUAACCGUACGGGUUACUGUUUACGUACGAUCUUAAUGCCACGGUAAACACCGGAUUCAACAUACUUCCAAGAACAUCGCCACCUGCCACCUGUCACAUUCGUCAAUCGCUCGCCACGUUUGCGAUGUAUUCUCGUCAUGCAACUUCGGAUUCGUAAACAAUGUUUAGCCUUAGGCUACAAGUAUAUCGGUUGAUUAAAGUCACCGGUAAUUAACUAGCUACCUGGCUGGGAAUACCGUGAAGGCGAUACCACCGAGAACAGCUCAGCCAUGUCGCCAACUAACAAAGAAGAGAUUCUCCACAUAGGACCAAACACAAUGAUCGCGGAGCAGCUCAAAAGCGGAACUCAAAGCAUGCUGAAAUACGCCUCAUUAGUGACGCUGACAGUCCAGAAUGCAGCGCUCAACCUGACGAUGCGAAUGGCUCGCACACAGAAGGAUCUGUUCAUCUCGAGCACAGCGGUCAUCAUGGCAGAGGUCAUCAAGCUCAUCACUUGCUUGGUCAUGGUCCGCUUGGACGAAGGUAGCUUCCAGAAGUGGCGGACCGCUUUGCAUCGCACUGUAGUGCUGCAGCCCUUCGACACGCUCAAGGUGGCCAUACCUUCUCUUGUCUACAACAUCCAGAACAACCUGCUUUAUGUAGGUGCUACACACCUUGAUGCUGCCACUUGCCAGGUGACGUACCAGCUGAAGAUCCUGACCACGGCGGUCUUCUCGCUUGCCCUCCUCCAGAAGAAGAUCUCCAAAACACAGUGGGCGGCGCUGUUCGUCCUCUUCGCCGGCGUCGCGCUCGUGCAGCUGGCCCAACUCGGCGCUCCCGCCCCAAACCCUUCAGGCCACGUCCAGCGCCCGAUGGUCGGCUUCCUCGCUAUCGUGGCCGCCUGCUGCCUUUCUGGCUUCGCGGGCGUGUACUUCGAGAAGAUCCUGAAGGGCAGCGACGUGUCCGUUUGGAUGCGCAACGUACAGCUCAGCACGUUUGCGGUGCCCUUCGGACUCUUGACGACGCUCGUGAGCGACUACGAGGAGGUGCACACGCGGGGUUUCUUCCACGGCUACAACGCUCUCAUCUGGACGGUCAUACUGCUCCAGGCCCUGGGGGGGCUGCUCGUCGCGGUGGUGGUGAAGUAUGCGGACAACAUCCUCAAGGGCUUUGCCACCUCGCUUGCCAUCGUCCUCUCGUGCGUGGUGUCAGUGUACGCCUUUGAGUUCCAGCUCACGGGCAAAUUUGUGGUCGGUGCCGGCCUGGUGAUGGGGUCGAUAUUCCUGUACAGCAAGCCGCCAUCUCCGACUGCCUCGCUCCACUCUAGGAGGGUGUAAGUUUGCAUGUGUGGAUCGCGCGAGGUGCCUUUUUGUGGCUGGAGUGAAUGAUGGGCGAUGGGCGAGUUGGGAGCAGUCGCUCCGACGGAGCCAAAGAGUGUGAGGGUGGUUGUAUCUGUUGAGUCGGGGUUGCUUGGGCUGCCGGUGUGCGUGUUUUUGAGGAGAGAAGUGCGUGGGUUACGAAAGGGUAAUUUACGUCCGUCAUGUAUGUGUUGCCUACUCUUGAGGAAUGUAGGUUUGUGAAGAGUUGUAUUGUACACUACCGUAUUUUCUGGUGUAUAGUCCGCGGACUAUACAUGUUUAAAGGUUCAUAUUUUGUGCUGCGCAAACUAUACACAGGUGCACACUAUACACGGUUCGUUUUAUUUUUUCUUCUAAAGCUUCAUGUUUGAUGCUGUGCGGAUUAUACACAACCUUUUUUUUCUAAAUGUUGAUAUUUCGUGCCUUGCAGACUAUACACCAACAUGCAGCCCUGACGUCGGGCUGCUGCGGUGGCGCUGCUGUGCACGUUUGUAAGUAUGGCGUCAGGGCGCCGGCCAUCGUGCUCACCUGUGGUACGCUUGGGCGCGGCCAUAAUCCGAUAAUGGCCGUGCCCAAGCGCACUCCAAUUAAGCAAGAUGGCGGUGCCCUGAGCUUGUACUUGCAAACGUGUAUUGGCAGGGCACAUGUGCAGACGCUCUACUUCACACGAAUCUGGUUCCCAGGCAUGUGCAGUGCCCACACCUCGUGUCGGCUUGUUUGUAAACAGCGCAUUGGCCCAUACACGAGGUCAUUGGUUCCGGGCUUUCGUUUUCUGUUUCAACAGAACAGUAAAGCAGGGUCAUAGUUGCACUGUUUCCCUCGCCCUCAGCUGAAAUUGGCGACUAUGAACUAUACACUGGGUGCAAACUAUCUAAGGAAUUUAUUUUUUUUUCGCGGAAAGAGGUUUUUGCGGAAUGGGGUUUUAAUUUUCACCCAAGAAAUGUGUCCUCCAAAGUUAACACGAAGUGUGUUUUUGUGUAAAAGUGGGCAUUAGUAGGAUGCCUGGGACAUGUAGCUUUUUUUUUUUUAUCAAUGCAACCAUCAUACACUUUUUUGUGUUUUAACACGACGUGCAUUGUGCCAAUGCAUCGGUCGUAAAUAUUAAACAGUGUUUUCCUACUCAUGAAUCCUUGAGUUUCACAGUAGUGCUUCGUGGCUUGCUAGGAAUAUGCUGUUGGGCCACAAAUAUAUGUGCGAAGUAUAGUGUAAGAUGAUGGUACAUAAAUUUGCAAUGGAUGGGUUACAUUUUUGUUUCAAUAGGUGGUUCUUUUUAAGUUGUUAGUGUUUGUACUGCUCCAAUUCGUAUUUUUCUUGUACACUAGAUAGGCACUGUAUGAGCUUAAUCUUUAUUGAUCAUUUAUUUGGCAUUGGUUUACCAAAGAUCUUUGUUCAGUGUUUUUUUUUGGACAGGCAUGUAGCAAUAUAGAGAGUAAUUCUCUUUUGAUUGCUUACUUAAAAAUCGUUUGCUGUCAGUUAAAAAAAGAAAUGUAAUGCCAAAUAUGGUAUUGUGAGAUUCAGUUUGCCUCUUAUUAUUUUAAAGGGCUGCCUUUGCUGUUGUAUAGCAGGAGUUUAUGGAAGAUCUCUAUGGUUUAUGGGUUUUUCUCCUAAACAUGAACUUUGUUAAACAAAGUGACAUCUGAUGAAUAAGUGAUGUAGGAUCCUAAAGUUCUAGGACUGGGUUCCAAGGCAACACUUGUGUAUGCACGUCCACGGUAAUCUUUUUAUUUAGAUUACGACAUAACUCCCCUUGUACAAAGAUGUGAUUUUAGGUCACACAGUCACUACGGUACAUCGGGUGUUGAGAGCUGCUCUGUGACUACUAAAAAAUAUAAUUUAUUGAAUAGCAUAUUAACAUUAAACUUUGCGUUUGUUUAAGGAGAAAUGCAUCAGAAAUUUACAACAUAUUGAAGGAGGCUUAUGACUAGGGUGUGUACUUUCCGGUGUUUAUUUGUGAGAAAAAUCGGCGGAUGU